AUGUUACAAGGUUUCGAGUGGUAUGUCAAGAAGGACGAACAACACUGGAGGAGGCUCAAUGGACAGCUCGAGAAGCUAUCAGCAAUUGGUGUAAUCAGCAUAUUUAAUACACCACUCCAGACCAAAUUUCAUCAAUUCGCUGUAGGUGAGCAGACCGACCUCAGGACAGUCUUGGACAAUACAUGGCUAUCGAUUCAGCCGGAUCAGGCAGUAACCUACGUGAUGAACCACGAUACUCAAGAAGGUCAGGUCCUGAGCAUGUUGAUUGUGGAAGGCUGGUUUAUACCUCUUGCAUAUGCUUUGAUCCUCCUCAGAGAAGCUGGCUAUCCGUGCAUCUUCUACGCUGAUCUCUAUGGACAGCACAACGGGUUUGGCGAUCUCACAGCACCAUCUUAUGCUAAGCAGAUUGCGGAUUUGGCUAUGGCCCGGAAAUACUUUGCGUACGGCACGCAGACCGACUACUUCAACGAUGCAAACGCGAUUGGGUGGGCAAGACAAGGCAGCAGCGACCACCCAGAAGGCUUGGCAGUGGUUAUGAGCAAUGCUCAAGGUGGCAUAUCGACUUUGACAAUGAAUGUUGGGGUGCACCACGCAGGGGAAACGUGGUCCGGCUUGUUCGGAGGUGAAGGUGCAGGCACUAUUGCUGAGGACGGAUCUGCCGACUUCGUGGCUGGCGCAGCAAAAGCAGACGCUGGUCAGAGAGCUGCAUUUGAUAGCUGGGACGUCGAUAUCUGA